ACGUUUCUUUCUGCGUUUCCGUGAAAGCAAAACCCAACCGAAAGAAAAAGUGGGAAACUAGGCCAGUUAAGUAAAUUGAACAAACGCUUUUUUCUACAGCAUUGCGUUGCGAUUUGAGUUUAGACAAUUGUGUUGUGUGGAUAUUGUAAAGGAGAACGUGAAAGAAAUGGCACCGUUGAAAGCUUUGGAGGCAGAGUACCCAAUACUCGACCCCAAUUUCCAGGCCUUUUGCGCCUCUCACGGUAUUUUCUCAGUGGAAGAUUUCCUCAUUCAUGACCUCUAUGAAUUAGCUGCAUUUGCAGAACAACAGCCUACAUCUGAGAAACUAAAGCAGGGCAUUACUCAGGUCCUCUCUAUUAUUGACACUCAGCAUCAACCAUGGUUGAAUGGUUUGGAGCUUUUAGAUGAUGCUCUACAUAACAAGCAUGUACUGUCAACUGGGCGUGAAGGAAUUGAUUUGUUACUAGGAGGCGGAUUACGUGAGGGACAAUUAACUGAAAUUGUUGGGCCAUCUUCUUGUGGUAAAACACAAGUUUGCCUACUUGCUGCUUCAAAUGUUGCAACGAAGCAAAUGGGUAAUGUUGUAUACCUGGACACAGGCAACUCUUUCUCACCCCAACGAAUUGCCCAGUUUGUUGGUCAUAUCGCUGGCUGUGCCUUUGAUGAGGCUGGAAAAAGAAUUUUUCAGAGGAUAAUGAACAGCAUUGUAUGCCAUUCUGUGUUUGACAUCUUUACAAUGUUCAACGUGUUACAUCGGCUAGUGAUCAAUUUUCCAUCUCAGCUGCAGAAAGGAGGGCAGGUCCGGUUACUUAUUGUUGAUUCGAUCUCUUCAUUAAUUACCCCGAUUCUUGGGAACAGUGGUUCACAGGGACGUGCCUUGAUGAUAUCUGCUGGGUAUAUGUUAAAGAAAUUAGCACAUGAGCAUAAUGUUGCGGUACUGGUGACCAAUCACACAGUGGGUGGGGAAAGAGGUAUUCCAAAACCGGCCCUUGGACAGACCUGGAAGAGCAUCCCACAUGUGAGGCUUCUACUUUCUGGUGAUCAUGGAAACAAUGUCCGGAGUAUUUCAGUGCUAAGACACCCAUCUAUGGCUUCUGGCAAGGCUGCAAAGUUUUCAAUUUAGGAGGAACAGCGUGUUUGUUUCAAUUUGUACUUGCCACUCUACACGAAAAGGUAGGAAGAGUGAACGAUGUAGAAAAUUGAAACUAUUCCAUAAUGCAACUGAAAAUAGAAACAGAGAAUUAUAGCAAUUAUGGUUGAUUCAAUUUGUACUUGUGUCCUACGCGAAGGUUAGGAAGAGUAAGUCAUUUACAAAACUGAAGCUGCUUUGUAACACAAUACUGUUAACACCUUUAUAGGAGUGCUCUCUUUUAUCCAU